UCGUUCUUGAAUCAGACAUCGCCAGUGCUCAGUGCUCACCACAAGAGAAGAAGAACAGCUUCUAGCAUCAUCACAGCAGCGAAAAAAACAUCUGUACAACAUCAUUUCAUCUCACCGGUAAAUGCCUGAAGACACAGCAUGGUGUGUGGAGGAUUUACGUGCUCGAAAAACGCCCUCUGUUCACUAAAUGUAGUUUAUAUGCUGGUGGGUCUCCUGUUGAUUGUCGUAGCAGCAUGGAGGAAAGGCUUUGGCAUUGUCUCCAGCAUCCACAUCAUCGGAGGCGUGAUUGCCGUGGGCUUCUUUCUUCUGCUGAUCGCCAUUGUGGGUCUCAUUGGAGCUGUCCAUCAUCACCAAGUCAUGCUUUUCUUUUACAUGAUCAUUCUCUUCAUCGUGUUCCUUUUCCAAUUUGGGGUUUCCUGUUCAUGUCUGGCCAUGAAUCAGGGUCAACAGGAGAAGCUGCUGAAUUCAUCCUGGGGAAUAAUGAAUAACGACACAAGAAUCAGGCUUGAGAAGAGGUUGGACUGCUGUGGCCUGUUCAAUGAUACCCAGAACCAGGGAGUGUUUGUGUCUGACUUACACCUCUGUGAUGCUCCAUGUGUAAAAAAGAAGACCUGCCUCACCUGCGGCGAAAAGAUGCUCCAACAUUCAUCAGAAGCUUUGAAGAUCCUUGGAGGAGUCGGCCUCUUUUUCAGCUUUACAGAGAUCUUAGGAGUUUGGCUGGCCAUGCGCUACAGAAACCAAAAGGACCCGAGAGCGAACCCCAGUGCAUUCUUAUAGUCUCUCAGACAAGCUAUUCCAGUUCCCCUUUGCACAGGUAGAGUGGAGCGCACCAAGAGACAUUUAGAGCAGUAAACCCAGAACACAACCACUGAUCCCCACAGCAAACUCUCAUCCGCACACCCGGUUCAGAACACACUAGAUGCAAACACAUCUAUUUUGAUGAUAGAUCUGACCCAUUUUCCACACAAGGUCUGCAGAGGGCUAAUUUAAACCAGCAGGAGGAGGUAUCAUGUGUGAUAGGAUGCUCGUUCUGCCACUUCCCCCAUCCUUGAUGUGAGAAACUCUUCCUGUUUUCUGUAUGCAAAAACGAAAAUCUGCAAUGUAAAGCCAUCGAUGUCUGCAUGUUCAUAGCCUCGGUUUCUUGUGACAAAGUCAACUCACCUGUGUACACAUAACCAGGUAGUUUCCGUGUAACAGAAAAUUAACCCACAUAAACUUUGUUAAUGUUUAGUAUCACUUAGUCAAGGUGAAAUUCUGUCACGUAUCUCCCAGGAGAAUCACAUCCAGGUCUGCAGACCUGAAAAACACCUGUGUUUUGUGCAAUACUAUAUGAAGUCCGUCUCUAUGAGGUGACCAGUCCAGCCUAUGGGAUAUUAGUUUAGGAAUUAGAGGUAGAACGUGAAUAUUUAAAAACACUUGUGUAACUGAGCAAUGUGAAUGGGAGGAUUUCCCCUGCCGAUGGACUGCUGCCCUCCUGUUGUACGUUUACCGUGACAUGGUCGAUGUUUUCUCAUUCUUUUCCAUCCUUAUUUAAAGCACAGAGAUCCUGCCGCCUCAGCCGGGUCUAGCUAGUCUCACUGGACCUUUUACGUUCUCCAUUUCCUUUGAAGCUUAGUAUUACUCAUGGAUUUAGUGUUUUAGUAUCUUAUGAAUUUCUGUGGAUGUUUGUGUUGAAAUAAUCUCAGCGAGCUAUUUAUUCAGUUAUCUGUCGGCUUGGUUUAAGCCACAUACUCAUGCAUUUGAAAUCAUGUAUCGCCUCUUUCCAGCUAUUUUUAAUGGCAUCGAGUCCAUGAUUUUAGCACUGAAUACUGUGCCAUUUUAGUUAAAACCUUUUUAUUUUGUGUUGUGCCAAUCCUCUCUCUCUCUCUCUUUGUUUUGUGCUAAUAGUGUGAAGUUGCAAUUAAAGUGUGCGUUUUUUGCAAUGCUGAUUGUAGUAGAUGGAUCAUUUGUAAUGACCUUUGUGCACACACUUAUGUUAAUUCCAUAUGUACAUUAUGCACUUGUUAAUUUGUUUAUUCAUAUUAAUAGGGAAACAUACUGGCUAAUACUCAUAGUCUGAAUUGCUUUAGUUUCUGCCCCACAUGAUUGAGAAAAUAGGAAGACUGAACCAUCACUCAGUAGAGCUUAUAUGUGUUCUGCUUCACUUGAGUGUGUUUCAAUGAUGGAUUUUGAAGAGGUGAAAUCAAUGUCUGUAUAUAGUAUAGUAUAGUAGUUAUUUAUUGCCAUCGGUGAGCUGUAAGCACCAUUUUCCCUGGAUUUGCCUUGUAUUUUUAAAACUGACUUUUCCAAUUAAAUAUUCUUAGAUCAA